GUCCAGACGGACGUAUUUUAGCGGUGCACACGGCUGUCGCCAUUGGCUGUUGUUUGCUUCAAAACAAGCGGCGGAAAAGCCGAUCAAACCAUCAUCAUUCUACAGAAACUGCUGUGAUUUAGAUCAGCAUGAUGGAGGCAGAACUUGACUACCUGCGCGAUCAAGUGCGCAGGUUAAAUCUCUCUCUCCGCCAGUAUCAGGAUGGACUCCAUCCUCCGUCUACAUCAUCUCAGGUUGAAGAGGCUUGGCGGGCCGAGAGUUCUGCACCUUGGCUCACAGACAGAAGUCUGAUGGCUCCUCUCAUAGCAGAGUACGAUCGACACAUUGCUGACAUGACUGAGCGGCUACGGAAAAACCAGGAGCAGAUGACGAACCUCAAAGUGCAGCUGGAGCGGGUGGUGAAGGAAAACGAAAGGUUGCAUGCAGAGCUCAAAGAGUGCGUUGAGAAGCAGCUCCAUUCUUUGCCUGUGGCUUCAGGGACGAGCGGCGGCACAAUGGAGGAGGACGCCAUCAUCAGGAACCUCCAAGAGCAGCUGGAGCUGUCCGAGCAGGAGCGGAUAAAGGCCAUGGAGCUCUGGCAGACAGCCGAUCAGGAGCUGGACCGCCUGCAGCGGAUCCACCAGCAGACCGUCUCCGACCACGAAGGCCAGGAUGCUGAGAGGCGGCAGCUGAAGGAUCAGCUUGUUCAGUUCCAGCAGCACUCUUACAAAUUCCAAGUGGCCAAUCAGAAGCUGGAAUCAACGAGCCAGCAGCUCCUGAAGACGGUGGCGGAGCAAAGCUCGGAAAUGGAGGAGCUCCACAGUCAGCUCAGACGAGCUAAAGCAGAACUGAGGACGGCCACAGCCAAAGUGGAGGAGAUGACCAAACUGCUGCAGAAUCUGCAGGAACAAAUUCAGAGACGGGAGGAAGAGCUGUUAGAGGCACAGGGCCGUGAGAGCGCGGCCGACAGACGACUCCAGCAGCUUCAGGGAACCUUGAGUCAACUAGAAACCAGGCUAACGGCUGCCUCCCAGGAGGCCGAGGCGGUUCACAGAGAGCAAGCUGUGUGGGAGAAGAAGGUGGGGGAACUCCAGGCCCGCUGCACCACGUUAGAGGAGGAGAAACACCAAGCUCUGUCCAAAGUCCGAGAGAACAUUCAGCUGGCUGAGGAGGCCACGCUGCACAAGGACCAGGCUCUUCUAAGAGAGAAACAGAAGACUGAGGAGCUGGAGAAGACCAAGGAGGCCUUCAAACUCUUCAUCCAGGAGGCUGCUGUCAGAACCAGGAAGGAGGUGGAAAAUGAACGAAAGCAGUGCAACAUCCGGAUCCAUCGAAUGUCGGAGGAGCUGUCCGUCCUGCAGUUGGAGUGUGCAGACAAACAGUCUCAGAUUGAGCGGUCCCUGCGUGAGAGAAAGGCCGUGGAGGAGGAGCUGGAACGGGUUUAUAAGGAGGGUAGGGCAGAGCCUGAGCUCCAGAAGAUUGAUGCCCUCCAUCAGAGGUGUCUAGAUGCUGAGAGAUUAAAGGACGACGCACUGCUAACUCUCCAAACCACCCAAAAAAAGCUCAAGAAAAUGGAAAUGGAACACAAUGAGGAGCUGUCUCGGUGCCAGGAGGAGAUGCGGCGGCUGCGGAGCUCGCUGGCUGCAGCCCACAACGACGGCGUGUCAGUCAGCGAAGAGCGACUGCAACUGCAGCACGAGAACCUGCAGCUGCGCAGAGAGAUGGAGGAGCUGCGCAAAGCCACCAUGCUGGUUCAAAAGAAAGCCAAACAGGAGGUUUCACAGAUGGAGCACGAGUACAGCGUGAAGGAGCAGGGACUGGAGGCGCGAGUGAGGGAGCUGGAGGAAAGCAGCCGGAGCUCCAGCGCCGACCUCACCCGGCUCCUCGCGGCGCAGCAGAAAAGCGCUCAACGGAGGAAGGAAGAGGCCAAGAACCUGGUGCAGGCCUUUGAAGCCAAAAUCACAGGCCUCAAAAUGGAGCUGAACCGGCAGAAGCAGCGCUCUCGAGAGCUCCAGGCCCAGCUGGAAAGAGACCAUGAUACAAUUAUGGAGUAUGAGAAGCAGCUGGGAGAACAUCAGGAGAAAGCCGGCCGUCUCCAGAGAAGACUGACACAGGCUGAACAGAAGGCAGCUUCUGCUGUACAGCAGCUGGGGAUAUUGACCGCUCAACGCAGGAAGACGGCCAGAAUAGAAACAGAAACACUUUGACGACAACACUUUCCUUUGUUGUAUUUAUAGUUUGCAAAAAUAAACUUUGUAAUAUCAGCACUGUAA